AUGGAGGUGUUCGUGGGCGGGCUGGACAAGGACGCGUCGGAGGAGGACGUCAAGCGCGUCUUCGGCCGCGUCGGCCAGAUCGCGCACGUGCGCCUGCCGCGUGACGCCGCGACGGGGCGCAACAAGGGCUACUGCUUCGUGCAGUACGCCACUGAAGGCGCCGCGCGCCGAGCUGCCGCUGAACUGGACCGAAUAGUGGUGCGGGGGAGGCCGGUGGGGGUGUUGGGCGGCGAGCAGGAGGACACGUUGUUCAUCGGGAACAUCAACAAGACGUGGUCCAAGGCCAAGAUAGAGGCGGUGCUGGCGGGGAGCGGCGUGGGGGCGUGGGAGGCGCUGACGUUCAUGGAGGAUCCGCAGCACGCGGGGCACAACCGCGGCUUCGCCUUCCUCGAGUUCGCCUCGCACCGCGCCGCGGCUGCCGCCAAGCAGCGCCUGCAGCAGGCGGACGUGAGCCUGGGCGUGGACCGCCCGCCCCGCGUGUCGUGGGCCGCGCCCCUCAACGAGCCCGACCAGCGCGUCAUGGCGCAGGUGAAGAGCAUCUUUGUGGACGGCAUGCCGCCCUCGUGGGACGAGCCGCGGGCGGCGGGGUUCUUCGGGCGGUACGGGCAGAUAGAGCGUGUGGUGCUGGCGCGCAACCUGCCGUCCGCCAAGCGGCAGGACUACGGCUUCAUCAACUACACCACACGCGAUGCCGCCCUUGCUGCCAUUGCCGCCCUCAAUGGCUCGCAAGUUGUCGAUGGAAACUUCCAGAUGAAGAUGCGGGUGACUCUGGCCAAGCCCCAGGACCGCAAGCCGCGCCACCCGCCUCCUGGAGGCAGGGCGGGCGGGGGGGAGCAGCGCCGGGCGGACUUUGGGGACGGCAGCGUGACGGCGCUGCUGGAAGCGCUGCGGGAGCAGGCAGAGCGCGAGGAGCGCGGGGAGGGCGCGCAGGGGGCGCAAGCUGGGGAGGGGAGAGGCGCAGGAGCGGAUGUAAGACAGGAGGGUGGUGGCGAUGGGGGGAGCGGAGUGGGGACGGGCAGUGCACUGGUAGGGGGGUUGGGGGAAGGGGAGGGGGCGAAACAGGGAGGAGGAGGAGGAGGAGGGGUGGGGGAGCAGGAGGGAGGGUUGGCAGGGAGUGCAGCGGCAGCAGUGGAAGCAGCGUUGGCAAAUGAAUCCAAGGGCGCGGGUGACGGCGGGGAAGGGGAUGUGGAGGGGGAAGCAGGGGAGGGAGCAGAGGGGGAAGCGGGGACGCCAGGGAAAGCGCGUGCGGGGGAGAGGGAGGGGAAGAACACGGCAGGGCUGAAUCGGUUUGAGUGUGCGGUGUGUGUGUUUGGGUCGGACGACGAGAGCGAGUACCUGACCCACCAGCUAUCGCGCGUGCACAGCAUCGUGAGCAUGUUCCGACAGGACCUGAAGCUGUCCAACAAGACGCCCCUCAGCAUGCUCAAUGAACUCGCCAUGCGCAACAAGAUUGAGGUGACAUACGAGCUCAAGGGCGAGCCCGCAGGCCCCUUUGACGCGUCCGCGUCCCUGGGUGGAGGCCCCAACGCCGUGCCGUGGGUGUGUGGGGAGGCGCGCGCGGGCAUGAAGCUGCGCGCCAAGCAGAUGGCGGCAGCAGCGGCGCUGGAGGCGCUGCUGCAGGCGGGCGUGGGGGAGAGUGAGCUCACCCGCCCGGGGCAGGCGCGGCUCAAGCAGAUGGGCAGGGGGAAGGGCGGGAGAGGCUCGCCUGGAGGGGCGCAGCGGGGGGGGCGAGGGGCUGGGGAUGUGGGAGGGGGAGUGGGUGGGUAUGGUUCGUUGGGGGUGUAUGGGGGAGGGUCGAUUGGUGGGGGUUUGGGGGAGGCGGGGGCGGGGGAGAGCUAUGCGGAGAGGUUGGGGCGCAUUCAGGGCAUGCACUAUGUGAUGCGCUCUGGCCUGCCUCCUGUCUCGCCCACCGUGCAGCCUCUUGCUCCUCCUGCCGCCCCACCGCUGGGUGCGAGCUUGGGGGCAGCAGCAGGGGGAUAUGGUGCUCCCAGCACGGCUUAUGCCGGCUCUGGGGCUGCAGGGGCUGCUUAUGGGGGGCAGUAUGGUGGCGGCCAGUACAGUGCGGUGCAGUACGGUGGAGCGCAGUACGGAGGCAAGUAUGGAGGGGCUUCAUAUGGUGGCUCACAGUACAGUGCGGUGCCGUACGGUGGAGCGCAGUAUGGAGGGGCGCCAUACGAGGGGCAGUAUGGGCGAGCGGAGGGAGCAGCGAGUGGAGUGAAGCGGCCGUACCCCCCUGCUGACAAACCUGACGCCCUUGUGAGCUCCACCUCCCACCGAUCCUCCCCUCUCCUCACCUCACCGUGCCUCCCUCUUCCCAUCCUUGCCCUUCACCUCAUCCCCUCGUUCCUGUAA